UGUAACAAUCCGGAACUUACAGCUCGUCCGUUUCUUACCAGCCAGACGCGGGCGGCCAUGGCACAGCUGAAGAUGGCCCCUUAUCUGCACAAGGAGAGCACUGAAGCAAAGUUUCCCACCCUGAGGGCUGAGCUGCAGCCCCCCAAGAACCUGUCGCGCCUGGAGCAGCUGAGGAACGAGUACCAGGAGAGGAGCCUCCGGGAAAAGGAGCACAAGCUCCUCGGCCUCACGCAGCACGACACGCGGGCGCUGCAUUUCCAACGCCGCAAUCCGUCGCCCCUGUGGCCCUCAGAGGAGAGGACCUGGGCCUCCAAUUGGACAGUAUGUAAGAAGAGCGCAGGGGUGGACCGGGCUCACCCCCUUAAACCUAUCCUUCAUCGCAAGUCCCCGUCGCACACCUCGCAGCGCUCGCCCUCAGCCAACACAGCAGCAAUUCAGAAUCCGCCGGCGUUUCCAGGGCCCGUCCGCUCAAAGUCCGGAUCCAGCCAGCCGGAGAAGUGGAGCAGACUUCAGAAGACCGAGAGCGACUUGGAGGCUGAAAUCCGCAGAAAGGAGGCCCUGCUGAGAGAGAAGCUCCGCAGAACCGAAGAGGAGUUACGCAGGAUCCAGCGGGAAAAGGAGGACGCCGAGCUGGAGGACAGAAGGAUGCGAGAGACCCACGAAGCCAGACGCAGAGCAGGGAAGACAGAGAGGCGGAAGGCGGCAAAAGAUCAGCCGUACUGGGAGUCUCGGGCAGAAUCGGAGGACGACAACGAAGAAAGGAUCCGGAGAACAAAGGAGAGAUCUUCUCACCGCAUCCUGAUCGGCAGCCCUCCGCCGUCAGAGGGCAAUGAUCCACGCAGGAGGCUGAAGGAGCAAAUGGCCGGAGGCGAUGACCGCAGAAAAGUGCCCAACCGCCCCUCGCCCCUCAGCCCCCCCGAAGGCUCAUACAGGAUCUCAUCAAGAACACAGCCUUUCCAGACCGAUGGAGAUCACAGAUCCCGCAGCGGCCAUCCCGAGGCAGAAGAAAUAUUCUCCCCGCCCGGCAGAUCCCGCAGCGGCCGUCCCGAGGCAGAAGAAAUAUUCUCCCCGCCCGGCAGAUCCCGCAGCGGCCAUCCCGAGGCAGAAGAAAUAUUCUCCCCGCCCGGCAGAUCCCGCAGCGGCCAUCCCGAGGCAGAAGAAAUAUUCUCCCCGCCCGGCAGAUCCCGCAGCGGCCGUCCCGAGGCGUUAGAAAUAUUCUCCCCGCCCGGCAGAUCCCGCAGCGGCCGUCCCGAGGCAGAAGAAAUAUUCUCCCCGCCUGGCAGAUCCCGCAGGGGCCGUCCCGAGGCAGAAGAAAUAUUCUCCCCGCCCGGCAGAUCCCGCAGCGGCCGUCCCGAGGCAGAAGAAAUAUUCUCCCCGCCCGGCGGUUCGGAUGAUCCGAGCGGCGAGCUGGUACCGUGCCGGAUGUGCGGCCGGCGGUUCCUGGCCCCGCGGCUGGAGAAGCACGCUCAGGUCUGCGAGAAGAUGCAGAACUCAAAGCGUAAAGUGUUUGACUCGUCCAAAGCCAGGGCCAAGGGCACCGAGCUGGAGCAGUUCUUACAAACCAAAGGCAAAGCCCCGUCCAGCACCCCCCCGACCCGCGGCAGCUCAUGGCGCCAGAAGCACGACUCUUUCAUGCGAACGAUCCGCCAGGCGCGGGAGGUGCAGCAGGUUAUUGCCAGAGGAGGAAAGCUAUCGGAUUUGCCCCCCCCACCCCCAGAGGAGAACCCCGAUUACAUUGCAUGUCCUCACUGCAGCCGCCGCUUUGCACCACGGGCCGCAGAAAGACACAUCCCGAAAUGCGAGACGAUAAAGAGUAAACCCCGUCCUCCCCCGAGUCGCAGGCGCUGACAGUCCUGGGGUUUGCGAGCCACACUCUUGGCCUAAAGAG